AUGGCUACGAAGACAGAUGAUAUAACCGACGACACCCCGCCUCCGUACGCCGAAUCUGCUCGGGCGACAUCUAUUUCAGAGCAUCGCGCCCAGCUUCAGCAGUACAUUUCUUUUCUGCCCGGGGCUAUCCGACAAAGAGAAUAUGAACACAAGUCUAAGCAGUACGAGCAGGAUGUCCGGUACAUUUCCCGGCUAGUCCCCGAGAUCGAGGCAUUUCUGAGCCACGUGGCAACCUUGCCAAAGCAGCCACCCCGGGCCGAGCUGGUUAUGGUUCCGGAGCCUGCCGUUCCGGACGGAUGGACGCUGAGCGAGAUUGAGGAGCAGAGAAAGGCGGGUGACGUGGUGCAAGUAUCCCGGGUACGAGAGUCCAAGGACUUCGAUGUUGGCGAUGCCAAGCCGAGCAUGACAGACGGCAGAAGCACAGAAACAAACAAUGCGGGGAUCUCGGCUUCUGAGACUGUAGGGGUCGAAUUCGACGAGUGGGGUAGAUGGCCAGGAUCCGCAGACGACCCCAUCUCAAGCGGCAAUGGCAGUGGCAGUGCCUCCAGAUGGUGGUGGUGUGACGAGGAAAUGGCCCGUCGGCUUGCCGCACAUCUAUCACUGCCCAAAGUUGCCGACCACAAGGCCAACGACCUGCCCGUAGCGGUGGCCCUGGAAAUCUCUCGAAGGGGCCAGCAGAAGACCGGUUCGUGGCUUUCUUGGGCCACAGGCAGAAGAAAGCCGACCGAUGUGGCCGUGGCCAGCCCACCGAAGCAGAAAGCAGUCGAGACAGCCGGUCAGGUAUCUGUGACAGCAUGUGCAAGGGAGGUCACAUUUCGCCGACAGAACGAGCUGGGCAUCUACGAAAGCUUGACGGGGUGGGGAAUCGUGUUGAGGGUUGCCUGUGCUUAG